CUUCAGAGAAAAUUGAGAUAAACUUGAUUAUUGCAAUUAAAAACAGAAAAUAACUUGUAACUGUAUUUGAAUAUGUAUAGAACGUAGCUUUCCUAUAAAACUUGGGUGUGCCGUAGGUUAAUAAACGUAAAAUAGGUGCGGCUAUUAAACACUCCAUGGAAUUGGGACAAUUAGUUUUCUUUCCAAGGUGUUUUGACACGAAACAGGUCUUUUGUCCCAGUUUGUUUAUAAUUGUGGUGCGGUUAUCUUUCUCCAUAUUGUUACAAAUUUACGAUAACUAUGGCGGAUCCGUUAAUGGAUCUUAUAAAAAAUUCAGAAGAACCGGAAUGGCUCGAACGGACCGUAAUAGGUGAAAUGCGAGUAUGGCAAAUAAUGUUUUUAUGUAUAGCUGGUCUUACGACUUCAAUCGUUAUGGUGUGUUGCUGUUUCCGUUUCCGUAUUCCUCGUACAAAGCAACAGAUCGAGGCCGACUACAAACGUCGAAGAAUAACAAGAAAGUUCAGACAACAGCUGGAGACUAUACAGGAUUCCAAAAUGGACACCAUUUCUUUAAAAGAUGCAUUGGAGCUGCUGCAUGAAACAUCUCAUUCGAUGGAGGAAAAUCAGGGAUCACCGCAUAGUUCUAUCAUGUCGCCGCAACAGUUAAGUUCUCUAGAAACAUCAUUCCAUCCUUACCAAAAACCGGAUCUUCAGACUUCAAACUCCGGACUCAACUUCGUCAAAUUCGCGACUAAAGUUGCCAACUUGUCGAAGAUCAGCCAACCAAAAUCUCCUACUACACCGACAGCGCCCGGUAAAAUGGAUUUUUAAUGUAACCUUUUAUUGGAAUCAUUUAAGAUGUUAUAGUAGUAGCAGAGGCGUAGCUAGCUAGGGUGGACCCCGGUGCGGAAGUUCGUGGUGUCACCUCAUCGAAAGGAAAAAGCAAAUUAAUGUUAUAUGAUAAAUAAUAAUUUAUUAAAAGAUCGUUAGUAUGGGACGGGGAAUCCCCCACGACAGCGUCAAGGUCUUUUGCGGGAAUCCCCGAAUUCUUCAUUGAGCUGAGCUAGUGCUAGAAUCUUUCUUUUGUUCGUUGUUCUUAAAGUUGAUAGACCGGGUGGCCAUUUCACCCCAAAAAAGGUGACACCUGGAGCUGUCCGCUUCCGCCCCCCCCCCCUUGCUACGCCACUGAGUAGUAGUAGCAAAGAAUAUUGUUGUAGAAAAUAUGAUUGUAGAUGCAUAUAUAUGUCGCAGCCACCUAGCUUAAUUAGUCGUUUAACUAGCGGCCUGAAAGUGUACAUAGCAUUUCUAAUGUAUAUGUAGGCUGAGACAUAUACAUUAGAAAUGCUAUCGUAGUAAAUAUUUUUUAUAUGUAGUCGUUCAUUUAAGCUUAGGCGUAUAUGUACUUAUCUACUAUCACUAUACAAGUGACAAUCUCAGCUUGCUGUCAAACGUCAUACAUAAAUAAUUUGACAGCUUGAAAUAAGAUUUUGGUUAAUUGUCUAAUAUUUUUAAG